ACACCACAAUACCGAUACCCAUCUGUGAGGUAGCAGCCGACAUUCCUAGAUAGGUACUUGGAACUUAUCUUUGGAUAAAGAAGUAUAUAAGAAUCGAGACUUCGCCUCUUAGCUCAUUAUUUCUCCAGACACAAGUUCACACAAGUAUCACCACCUACGCCUCCAACAAAAAUACGCGAAUAGAUAGAUACAUCACAUACAUAAUGGCCUCCCCAGACGUCCAGCUCCCCGGCUCUGUCCCAGCUUUCUCAGCCUCCGGCGUAUCAGCCACGCCCGCGGUUAAGAUACCACACGAUGUAGACACCGUGCUGAACUACUACAAGGCGCCAGAGGACGGCUCGCCACCGCACCCUAGCUACGUAGACCGGCCAGAGACUUAUACCCGACCGGCGGAGCCGCACCAAGUCCACAUUACGGACGUGUCUGGCCGGGAAGACGAGUUCACCCUCGACAAGAACGGCUUCCAGUUCUACCGCCACGUAGCCCAGGAGAAGGACUUCCUCGACGACGACCACAUCAAGGCGGUUUACUACCCCGAGACCGAGCAGCUGCUCAAGGACGCCACCGGCGCGUCCAAGAUCUUCAUCUUCGACCACACGAUCCGGCGCAACCCGGCAGACGAGCGCGGUACGGGCGGCGCGGCCGCCAGCCUCCGCGGCCCCGUGAACCGGGUGCACAUCGACCAGACGUACACGGCGGCGCUGUCGCGCGUGCCGCACCACCUGCCGGCGGAGGAAGCGUCGGAGCUGCUCAAGGGGCGGGUGCAGAUCAUCAACGUGUGGCGGCCGAUCAAGACGGUGCUGCGGGACCCGCUGGCGGUGGCGGAGGCGGGCUCCGUCGGCGAGGAGGAGCUCGUGCCGAUCCCGCUCAUCUACCCGAACCGCAAGGGCGAGACGUUCGCCGUCCGCCACGCCCCGGGCCACCGCUGGUUCUACAAGUACGGGCUCACGCCGCAGGAGGUCCUGCUGAUCAAGUGCUUCGACUCGAAGACGGACGGCCGCGCUCGCCGCGUCCCGCAUACCGCGUUCGUCGACCCUGAUGCGGGGCCGGAGGUGCCGAAGCGCGAGAGCAUCGAGGUGCGCGCGCUGGUGUUCCAUCCCGAGGAUAGGGAUUAAGUACCUAAGGCAGGUACCUAGGAUGCUUGAAGAGGAUGUGUAUGUACCUUAGGUAUGCACGGGCGUCUGAAAGUUAUAUUACAAGCGGGAUGAUACAUAUGCGCGGCGUGUACGUGAUAAGGGUAGAUUGUCACAUUAUAUAAGAGAGGUACUUGUACGAGACGAGAACAGAUUCUUAGAAAUACAGCAGUUAGGAAUCCAUGAAGCUUUCCAACUUAAUAAGCGUACGGUGAGGUAGAUACCUCUCUUAGGAAGUAGUGAAG